AAAGAUAUAAUAAAUGUUGGCCUGUUUCUUACACAAAGCUAUCAUUCAGUAGAUUCAGAAUAUAUAACACAUGAGUUGCAUGUUUUUGUCCUUUUUAUAGAUCAACAGUCAUGGAAAUUGAGCAUUUAACUUGUUAUAUAGAAAGAAGCUGUGUAAACGUUCUUGACUGAACUAUAUAUGUGACCCUGGACCACAAAACCAGUCAUAAGUGUAUAUUAUUUUGAAAUUGAGAUUUAUACGAUUAAUAAGCUUUCCAUUGAUGUAUGGAUUGUUAGGAUCGGACAAUAUUUGGCUGAGAUACAAUAAUUUGAAAAUCUGGAAUCUGAGGGUGCAAAAAAAUCUAAAGUUGUCCAAAUGAAGUUCUUAGCAAUGCAUAUUACUAAUCAAAAAUGAAGUUUUGAUAUAUUUAUGGUAAGAAAUUUACAAAAUAUCUUCAUGGAACAUGAUCUUUACUUAAUAUCCUAGUGAUUUUUGGCAUAAAAGAAAAAUGGAUAAUUUUGACCCAUACAAUGUAUUUUUGGCUAUUGCUACAAAUAUACCCCAGCGACUUAAGACUGGUUUUGCGGUCCAGGGUCACAUAUUACAAAAUAUAAUAUAAAAUAUACUGACCUCGUUUAUUUGAUCAAAAAUACAGUAAAAACAGUCAUUUAAAAAAUAAUAAUUCCUUUAAUUAUUACUAAAACAAUUAUUAAUAUGUCUUAUAAUAUAAUAGUAUCAACGUUAAAAUAAUAAAUAAAUAAUUAGUAAUACUAUUACAAUUAAAUAACUGUUUUAUGUAUUUUAAAAUGUAAUUCAUUCCUGUAACGGAAAAGCUGAAUUUUCAGACUGUGCUUCAUACAAAACUGCCACUAUUUUAGAAAAUUUAACAUACGUGUUGUAUGGAUCACUUUUGUUUCACUCAUGUUUCCAUUUCGGAGCGCAACAGUCGUGCAAGUCAUGCAAAUAAUUGUUAAUAUAUAGAAAGAUGCUGUGUAAAUAUUCUAUUCUACUGUUUGUAAAAUAGCCAUUUUACAAAGGCUACACUUAUGUAAUAAAAAUACAGUACAAAUAUUAUUAUAAUUAAAAUAACCAUUUUAAUAUAUUUAAAAAUGCAAUGACGAUGUGAUGACGAUGCUGAAUUUUGUUUCCUUUUUGGAGCUCAACAGCCGUGCAGGUCAUGCAAAUAACUUAACGUCUUUGAGGUUUUGGAGAAACAAUUGAGAUACUACAGAGAUCUCAUUGCUGAUUUUUCACUCUGUUUACAGUAUUUUGCUAAUUUCCUUGCUCUUUCAGUCCUCCCGCAUUCUGAGCUCUUAUCGUUGCUUUAUUAUGUCCCUGUAAUUUCUAAAAUAACUGCUCCCGCUCUCUUUUUCUCCCUUUUAUCCAUCUCCCUUCCCCUCUCUCUCUCUCGCGCUCCCGCUCUCGCUCGUACUCAGCACCUCCUCCUCCUUCUCCUUCUCCUCAGUUGGAUUCUUCAGUCGGUGGGCAGGAACUGUGUCGGUUUCUGAAGAAGCCGAGAGAGAGAGAGAGAGAGAGAGAGAGAGGGGGAGCGAACUGUGUCUGGGUCAGCUCGGUCUGUCAUCUCAGACAGUCAGAGAGAGCGAGAGAGAGACAGACAGCACGGCACGCAGGCAGCAGGAUACAGGAGGUAUGUCAGAGGAUGUGGUUUCCCUGAGCUUGCAGAACAUUGCACAGACAUACUUUGAGCAUGACCUAACGGCAGCACGCAAAGUGUGUUUUCUGCGCUCCGCUAGCUGCCUGCCGCAGGAGGACUGAUCCGCUCGGGAUCCUCGCUUCUUGUUAUUACUGUGCCGUCACAUCCAACGGGAAACGUACCGCCGCUCUCGCGGUUCACGCGCAGGACGGUGGAUCGCUGACUCAAACUUGCAGCCUCCGCGUGUCGACAGCUCCACAACAGGCUUAAGUGCGCACUCGUUCAGCAGAAAUGGGCUGCGGCUUGAGGAAGUACCGUCAGACGGAAGACAACAGUCCGGGAAAGAUUUACUCCACCCUCAAGAGACCGCAGGUGGAGACCAAGAUCGGGGUCGCCUACACGUACCACCACGUGGACUUCCUGGUGGGGAAAGAUGAUGGGGCGUCCACGCUGUGCCUGUCCUCGGUGAGGGAGCUGCCGUCUCAGCUGCAGGAUCUGUACCAGCAGGGCUUCAUUCUAGCAGCUGUGCACCCCUUCGUCCACCCGUGCGGCCCCGAGCCCGCCAGCGUCCAGCGCCAGCUCUACCGGGCAGUGCUCAUCAAAGUCUCUGACAGCUGGGAGAAGAAUCCGGCAGACUUUGAGCCUUACCAUCUCAAACUGGAGGAAUGCAUGUCUGCAGACCAGAUUCCCACCACAGAGCACAUCCAAGGAUAUGUGAAGAAACAGAUCCAGGACGCUGCGGAUCAGGGCAUCAUGUUUGUGGGCUUCAUCCAGGAGCCAGCUGGCCUACGCCCACACGUGCUACGGCACGGAGAACCAGAGGAACCCUCCCUCUCCCUGCACUCCAGCCCCAGCUCGCUGCACGGCUCGGGGCUGACGCCCAGUCCCAGUCCCCUGGAGGAACCGGAGCCGGAGCUGGGAGACGAGUCCGGAGCGGAGAACGAAGGGAAAAAUGGGGGAGGUGAGGCUCUGAGAGAGGACGUGAAAGCUUCUGAAGGUGGAGACGGAGGAGAUGAUCUCUCUGUAGAGAAAUCAGGAUCUGGUGAAACACAUCAAGGAGAUACACUGACACACAACAACAACGACACGGCCAAAAUCACAGACACAACCGAGAAACCCAGCAGGUUGGCCCUGACUAAGAGUGGAGCCGAGCUCUUUGGAUUGUUUAACUACCCGGGUCGGCGUGAGGGUCAGCUGAAGUACUACACAGUUAAAGUGCCUCUGCGAGUGCAGCCGCAGGACGAGGGCAUCUGCACUAUGGAGGCCAACUGGCUCGAUCACAUGACUCAACACUUCAACAACGGAGCUUCACUAGUGGACGGAUACUUUCAGCUGGCCAGUGACAACGAUUUUCUCGUCAAGACUGUGGACAGCGUGUUUGUGUUCCAGGAGGGAGUGGAGAGCGACACCAAAGCAGCUGCUGCGUACGACGCUAUAGUGGUGGAACAAUGGACAGUCAUUGAUGGUUUACAAGUGAAGACAGACUAUAUUCCCCUGCUGCAGUCGCUGGCUUCAUUUGGAUGGAGACUCACUUGUGUGCUGCCUACACCGAUCGUCAAGACUAAUAGUGAUGGAAGUUUGGCCACCAAGCAGAUCGUUUUCCUCCAAAGACCAAUGUUGCCUCGCAAGAAGAAGGAAUCCAAGAAAGUCAUCUUUAAAGCACGGAACAAGUCCAACAAGAACUCGGUCAAAGACGCACCAAAAAACAAGAAGAAGAAAGACUCCACACCCACCGUAGAGAGAGAGAUAAGUGAUCAAAAGCCCUGUGAUGGAGCCGAGAAGAGCGCUGAAGAGACAAAUACAAGUGUGAAUGAACAACGGGAGGAAAACCAGAAUAAUGAGACUGAUGCUGAAGUGCAGAGUGAACAGAAAGAGGACAGAGAGGAAGAGAACGAGACAGAGGAAGGGACGGUAGGAGCAGGCAGGGAAAAACAAGAAGCAGUGGGCGGAAAUAGCAUGACAGACGGAAAUGCUAAGCAUGAGGUAGAUGUUAAAGAGGAAGAGCGUGGCGUGAAAACAGAAGCUGAAAUGGGCUCGUGUCAAGACGAGGCCUCACCUACUGCGCAAGAAACAGGACAACAGGACAAGGAGGUGGGCAAACAGGAAGACGGCUCAGCCAAUCAGGAUUGAGGACGCGCUCAGACCCACCGAGCCAAUGGAAGUGGACCUUCUGAAUGUUCUAAAUGCUACCCUGCAAAAAAAAUCACUUUGCUAAUCAAUAUUUUGUCUUGUUUUCCAGUAUCUAAACAUCCUUAAAGCAAGAGUUGUUUUAUUGAUCUUUAGAUACUCAAGACUACUGGUUGAUGUCGCGUAGCUUAUGGUUUAAGACAGGUAAACUGUCGCGCAAACACCUCACCUGACGUUUCCACCUCGUGUAACCAAUGCUGAACAUUUAACUCACCGCUGGCGAGCGGGCGAUAACAUCCCUUCCCCAUCAAUGAGCCGAAAGGACUCCGGUCUCCAGGAAGAGGGAGGAGAGAUGGGAAGUGAUUGUUAUCGGUAAAUGCACUGGAUGGGAAAACCACAUUAAUAUUUACUCAAUGAGCCCAUAGGGCCGAGACAGACUCAAAGACGGCAUCUCAGACGCGCUCUGAGGAGAAGGUUACUGUUGCGAGAAGCAAUCUAUUGUGAUGUAAGGUGGAUAUGUUUGUGUAUGUUUUUGUUUACGUUUAUAUGAAUAUUUCAUGUCACCGUCCAAACAAAAGAGCCAGAUUCUCGAAAUUUAAGAGAAGAUUACUGGGAUAUUACUAUUAAGUUUGUUGUGCAGUAGGGGUGACUUUUUGCUGGUUUGGUUGUUAGCAUUCAGAGCGGCUCCACCACUGGUUUAACGGAAUAACUCACAGAAAUUUAAAUUCUGUCAUCAUUUACUCAACCUCAUGCUGUUUCAAAUAUGUAUGACUUCACGGGAAAAGCAGAAUACGUGAACAAAGACUCAGGCUGUUGUGUGGAAAAAACAACAACAAUGCAUUAGUAAAUAAAAUUCAUAAUUCUCAGAUAAAAAGUCAAAAUUAUGAGAUAAAGUGUAGAAAUUGACAUAAAAUGUCUACACUGAAAAGUAAAACUCAUAAAAAGUCAACAUUUUGAUACACUAAGAGAUCAACACGGUUAAAAAAAGCCAUAAUUCUGACAUUAUGAGAUAAAACGUUAUAAUUAUGACAUAAAAGGUCAUUAUAAGCAAGUCAUAAUUUAACCUUCUUCAUCUCAUAAGUAUGAUGGUAUUUUAUGCCAUGCAUAAUUAUUAUUUUCUUAUGGAGUGGAAAAUGUAAUCCAUAAAAUUUUAUCCCAUAAUUUUGACUUUUUGUGUCAUAAUUUCAACAUUUAUCUCAUAAUUGACUCAGCAUUGACAUGUUGAUGACAAUUAUGUCAUAAUUAUGAUUUAGCAAAGCAUAAUUUUUUUCUUCAGCUGCAGAAAUGGGCUUCUAUACUUUUGAGCUCCAUAAAAACAUCAGAAAAGUUGUCCAUUUAAUUAGAAAUAUAUUAUUUACCCAAUUUUUGUGGGCAAAUUUUUUUUUUAAUGCUUAUUAGAAUAUUGUAUUGUUAGCUUAGCCACAAGCUUAAUUAAGAAAUUAUCCAUUUAAUGCUUUGUGCAAAAAAAAAAAGGUGAUUAAAUGAUGACAGAAUUAUCAUUUACAGGGUGUAUUAUUGCUUUUAAAAGAGGCAGAUGGCAUAAUAAGUGUCUGUUUGGGCUUCAGUUUACUUUUACAUGGAGACAAUCUGCUCUAGCUCUAAUACAAACAUUUUUAACAUUGCUCUCAGACGCAAUAAAGCAUCACAAGUGAUUUUGUUUGAGAAAGUCAACACCAGAAAGAUGAGAUACGCUCAUGAACAGAUCCUUUCCCUGUUUUAAUUAGCAGACGACUAAGGGGCUGUUCACACAGGUCCUUUUUCUUGUGUUAAAAACAGCAGAGCACAACAGAAGGUGCAUUUAUAUGCACAUUAACUCCAAGACACUGGCUAAUGUUCACCUCAAGAUGUUCUUUCUGCCCCCUGAUUCAUCUGAUGGCAUGCUUUAAAACUGUCAGUGACUUGAUUUGUAACUAAUGAGUAAACAUGAAAUCAAAAUCAACCAUUUUUUUUUUUUUUAAAUACAUCAAAUUACAGAAAUAAAUUGGGAAAACAUACCACUGAUGUGCACAUAUGUGCCUACUGCACAGACCGAAAUUGAAAAAGACAGUCUAAAACAUUUUUUUUGACUAUUUCACUGCACAGAAUUCAUAAAAAUACUGACAGUUUUUAUUAUGAAAAUGGCAUUUUCUGAGGAGGACGUAAUAUGAGAGUGAAACUUCAUGGUGUUAUUAUACAGACCGCCGUCGAUUUUCAAUUUGCAUAAGAAAAUAAAUGGAUACGUGGAUAAUCCGUAACAGAAUGUUGUGAUGGGAUAGAGGUUAUUUCAUGACAAUGAUAUUAUUACCCUGAUCUUCUGGGAUGUUUCAGAUUUAAAGUGAACAACAGAAAAUGAGGACGGUCGGCGAGAUAAUGCGGUUACGGGUUCACGCGGUUCUUUGGCUUUUAUUAAUGAAGCGAAUGUCUUGUAUUUUAGAAAUCAGAUCCCUUAAUCCAGCAGAAUCACAAGACUAUUAUUUCAGAUAGAAAGUAUUAUCCUGUCUGACUCGUGGUUUAGGUUUUUCAUAGAAAUUAUUAUUAAAGUAAUAUGUGACGUAUUACUUUUCCAAUAAACAACAACUGAGUAACACAUCGUGUUUUUAUAUCAGAAUAGGCCAAAAAGCAUUUAGACACUUAAAGGUGUGUUCGCACUAAAUUUCGGUCAGUAUAGAGUAUCGACCAAUGAAACCCAGCACACACAGAAGUCACUUUCAAACCAAGCAGCUUGGUCAAGGCGAAAAAUCUUUGAGCUUGAACCCGUUGAAAUCUGUAUGGGGAAAUCUUUCGCCCUCACGCGAAAUUCUUGAUCGCAUAGAAUCCUGUUGAAAUGACUGGAUUUCUCCAGGAAAAAUUAGUCAACAACAGUGAAGGUGAACACACUUGACACGUAAAAUGUCUAAAAUGUCAUUGCAUUAGUUAAAAUAUCAAACAUUUAUAUUUUAAAAAAAGAGCCCAGCUAACAGGGAACGCUAUCAAAACGUUCUGGCAAGGUUCACUUGAUAUGAAAUUAAUUAUUCCAGUAACGUUAAUAGAACGUUCGUUCCAAGUUAUCUGGUGAUGUUAUGUUCUCAAAAUGUUAGCGCAAAAACAUUAUACAUUGUUUAUGGAUCUCUUUUCAUAAAUCGUUGGACGUUAAUCUAACAUUUGUAAAUGUUACUACUUGUUUCAGAAUGCUUAGAGAACAUUCAAAAGUAGCAUUCCAAUAAUGUUUGUAAAAUUCUAAAAUGUUCCCUUAACAUUCACAUAACCAAAAAUGUUUUUAAACAGAUGUUUGGAACGUUCAGGAAACAAUCCAAGAAAAAAAAAAUCAUAACUUAAUGGGAACGUUAAAAAACGUUCUUAGAACAUACUUUGUUAGCCAGGAGAGCGCAAGCAAACUAAAUAUUUCACAGAAAGAACACUAUAAUUCAAAACCACUCUCUGGUCGUCAAAUGUUAGUGGGACGAGAAAUGUGCAUUAAGGUACGGUCACAUUAACGAAAAUUCGCGUAAAAAAUUGAUCGGCUGUUUCGCGUAAGAGUGAAAAAUUUCCCACGCAGAUUUCACUCAAGAUCAAGUUGGUUGCUCAAACGUUAAAGUGACUUCUGUGUAAGCAAUAAUUCAUACUCAUCUCUACGCUACGCUACUUACAAUGAAUUGACCCCUUUUUACAAGCAAAACUUCACUACUGCACCUUAAAAAAACAUAAGCAUGGUCAUUUUGAUUUCAUGCUGAAUUCUGUGUCCACUGUAUUUCCAUUAAGUCAGCAUUGUUGUGUUGGCGUCUGGCCGUAUUUAUAAUCUGGGUUCGCAAUGUCAGGGAUUUCAGCAUGUGGUCUUGAGGGACGGCAUCUGUGUGCGGUUCUGCAUUAGCUCUAAUGGCCAGAGGGGUCACGUUUAAAAUCAUAAUGGCUUUUCCGUUCCCACCUCCUGCUGGGACAAACGUCUGAACCACUCGGCCUCAUCAGAAAGGACGUCAGCCUCCCAACUCCCUAACAAAAGAUGCUGUUUUCAAUCUGUCCGCGUACGCUUUAAAGAAAUUCAUUUUUCGGCAGUUCUCGUUCUUUUUUCCGAGCGGUUUCUGACACGUUGUCAUUAUAAUUGUUCUUUGUCACAGUGCUGUUGUUAGACUGUAGCUGGAGGGGAAAGGCCUUGUUUAUUGUUUUAAUACAGGGGAAAGACAGAGCUGCUCUGACGAUUCAACUAGAGAUGAAAAGACAUUCUGAUCAUCCUAUUUUCAGUUUAACAUGUUCAAUCUCAGCUUACAUGCAGAUGUAUUUUUCAAGCAUUACUUGUUGUGUAUCACAGGUGGAAUCUGUAGGCUUUUUGAGGUGGUCAAAUCUGUGGAUUGUGUUAAACAAUAGCGGCGAGUUCUACAAAAACAUUACAAUUAGCCAAAACACUUAAUAAAGAAACAGACAAUGUGUAGAAGUUUGUGAACGAUGGGCGUCCCGAUUCCUGCGGACAUCUGUGGGCGCUGAUUGUGUGUGGGCCUGCUUAUCACUGACAGAUAGCAAUUAUGUUACAGUAUGUGCUAGUAUGCAUAUUGCUCUACUGUCAGCAUCUGCUCUGAUAAGCUUGGCUUAUCUAGAUUGAGUUCAACGACUGUGUUCGGAACAGAAUACUUACUGCAUACUGCACAGUACAGUAUAUGCUGUAUGCCAUCUUCUGCUUUAAUAGAAUGUGAAACAGCAGAAAAUAAAGCUGUAAGCCACAAGCUUCAGAGCAAAACUGACUUAAACUGAGGUCAAAUCACAGUUACACGUUGCCUUGAGUGACUUAAUGCUUUUAUAAGAGCAAAAAUCACUGACAACGACAUCUAUUAAUACUAAUCAUUGGAAAUAUAAAUUUAUGGCAUCAAGUUAAGUGCAUUAAGUGCACUAUUGUUCAAAAGUUUAUGGUCAGUAGAAAGAUAUUAAUACUUUUAUUCAGUAAGGACGCAUUAAAUGAUCAAAAGUGACAGUAAAAGGUGUUACAAAAGAUUUCAAUUUUAAAUAAAUGCUGUUCUUUUGAACUUUCAAAGAAUCAAAGAAUUCAGAAAAACUAAAUCCAUCAUGGUUUCCAUAAAAAUAUUAUGCAGUUUUUAUCAUUGAUUAUAACAAGAAAUGUUCUUUGAGCAGCAAGUCAGCAUAUUAGAAUGAUUUCUGAAGGAUCGUGUGACACUGAAGACUGGAGUUAAGAUGCUGAAAAUUCACAUGUAUUCACAUAGAAAACAAUUAUUUUAAAUAGUAAAAAUAUUCACAAUAUUACUGUUUUUACUAUUUUUGAUCAAAUAAAUGCAGCCUUGGUGUAGAUGUAAUAGACUUCUUUCAAAAGCAUUUUAAAAAUGGUUGAACAGUAAAAAACUUUUGAACAGUAGUGUAGCGUACAUAUCCAUGUACAUGCAAGUGUAUCCAGAUAAUUAUGUAAAAAUAGUAGUAUAAUAAUCAAACACAGCCUUUGUUCCUAACUCAAACCCUGUUAAACAAAUACACACAUCAGCUACAUAUUUCUUAAAGAAUUUGAAGGUUAAAUUAUUUCUAUGUAGACACGCUUUAUGUGGUUUAACUAGAUGGCAGUGAUGAAUGGUUAGUGUGUGAAAGUAACGUGCAUGAUCUUUACCGCCCACCAUCCAGUGUAGAUUCAAAUGCACACAAUAGCAGGCAUGACAUCAGCAAGUUUAUGGACGGUAAGUCCGGUCUGGGUCCGCAGGGUCAGUUGGAUCAGUCCGUGGGUUGGUGAGGGCACGUCAAACGAGCUGUUAGGGAAAAACAAGGAUGUGGAAGAAAGUUAGGCAGGAUCAGCAAAAUGAUGCUGAGUAAUAUUUACCCUCCUCUUAGUAUUGACAGGGUGACCCGUGACUCAUGCAGCGGUUGACCUCGUCCGCUGUUGGUUUUUUGUGUUGUAUGCCAGUUUAUUAGUUAUAUAAUGGAUUUUAAUGUCCUGCAGUGGCAGGGGAGGAUCGUUGUAGCUACUAACGCACAUUUAAGCACGUGCACCUCAUUUUGUGGUCCAUUUACUGAUGGUUUUCUUGCUUUUCAGAGAAUAAAAGAGUCAAACAUGCUGCAUUUCCCCUCUCAACAAAGCAAGCUUGUAUAUCUCAAAGGAUUUUACCAUUACUGCCUCCAUAUUUUUGCAGGUCGCUUCUUUGAUUGUCAGCCACUGUUGUGCCAUUGUGAACAUUGAUCAAUGUUUUUCAUCGUUUGUAAGGACAAGCAACAUGAUAAUGUCAUCUGUACAAUUUGUAUGAUAUAAUAAAUAUGAUUUAUAUUUGA